CCACUCCCGCCCACCGUCAUAGGUUCGGAACCCACUGCUUCCUUGUGUAAGGGAGCUUUCUGUGAGCUGGCAUCACCACUGCCCACCAACACGGCAUUCUCUUCCUCCCUACUCUUCCACUGCGCACUCAUGCUGCGUACUCCAGCUCCUUACAACACAACGCCGCCGCCAUCAUGUGGAUUCUACCUUUAGUCGGCUACCUCGGCUCCAUCGUGGGCUUCUGUUUCCUGACCCUCGCCAUCGCUUCGGGUCUUUACUACCUUUCGGAGCUUGUCGAGGAACACACCGUCUUUGCGAAACGUCUGCUCACGAAGCUGAUAUACUCGGUCAUUGGCUUGCAGCUGUUGCUGUGUGUCGUCGACCGGUUCCCGUUCAAGUUGACCCUCAUGGGCAUCGUCUCACACAUUGUCUACCUCGGAAACAUGCGGCGCUUCCCUUUCGUCAGGCUGACAGACCCUCUGUUUCUUGCAUCAUGUGUGCUGGUGCUCGUCAACCACUACCUCUGGUUCCGCCACUUCUCUGCCGCCCAGCAGCGAUCGUACGCGAACAUGCACUCAUACUACGACCAGCCCGAUGUCCCAACCUUCACCGAGAUUGCUUCGUACUUUGGCCUGUGCGUGUGGCUGAUUCCGUUCGCCCUCUUCGUGAGCCUGUCUGCCAGCGACAACGUCCUGCCGACGAUGGGCAGCGAAGACCCCCUGCGGGACUCUUCUGGCAAGAGCAAGAGGCAGGGCUUCGUCAAGUCAAUUGUCGAUACCGUCCUCGGCGCGAUUGGUCAGGUGUUCAACACGGGCGGCUGGGAGCGCAGUUGAUCUCGGCUCGGAUGGCAAACUCGCGGCCACGUAGGAACGACAUGUAGAUGAAGUAUGCGAUCUGUACGAUAGGUUGGGACUGUAAGACUACCGUUACGACAGGACAAACUGUCCCUUGAGAUGAUCUAGGGCAUAAAAAUAGAUACCCGGGCUUUCCCUUUAGGAACGAU